CCUAAUACCUUUUCUCCUAUAUAUACCCCUUAUCUAUACUAGUCUAAUAUCUCUACAAUAAAUAUUACUUAAAACCAUGGCUUAUGAAAGCAGCAGCAACUGCUCCUCCUCAGUAUGCAAAGAAUGGAGUUUCAGAAGUAAUACAUCUAUUUCCUCAAUCUCUAAUAACAGCAGCAAUAACAAUCUUCUCUCUCUUACUUCCCACAUUAAUAAUAAAACUGAAGAAAUUAUCCCCUCCUUCUCAGUCCACCACCCUUAUUACAACUGCAUAGCCACUCUAAAAACCCCAAACCACCACCACAUCACCUGCUUAGCAGUCCACAAUAAGCUUCUCUACGCCGCGUCCGGCGACAAAAUCACCACCUUUGAUUUAACCAGUCUCUCUCCAACACCAUCAUUUGACGGCCUUGAUGUAUCCUCAGGAGGGUUCAUCAAGUCCAUUACAUUCUACGAUGAUAAUAAAAUCUUAACCGCUCAUCAAGAUAGUAAAAUCCGAGUAUGGAAACGACAUCGUUUAUUGACAACCCUACCUACCAUCAAAGACAAACUACGUCGUUUCAUUUGUCCAAAAAACUACGUACAAGUUAGGAGACACAAGAGGAAGCUUUGGAUUGAACAUAACGACGCCGUUUCAGGGAUAACGGUGAAUAACGGUUUAAUAUACUCCGUUUCAUGGGAUAAAACAUUGAAAAUAUGGCGUGGGUCGGAUUUCAAAUGUUUAGAGUCAAUAAAGGCGCAUGAAGACGCCGUUAACGCCGUAACGGUUUCGACAAACGGAACCGUUUAUACAGGGUCAGCUGACGGAAAAAUAAAGGUAUGGGAGAGUGUAGGUCAUAAUAAAACUAACAAUAAUAAUAUAAGGUCGCACUCCAUGGUAAAUACCAUGGAGACGAGUAGAUCAACGGUUGUGAAUGCAUUAGCGUUAAGUAAAGAUGGGAAGGUAUUGUUAUCAGGUGGUUGUGAUGGAAUGAUCAUGGCAUGGGAAAAAGAAGAGGAAAAUGAUCAGAUGGUGGAGAGUGGAGUUGUAGGAGGACAUGAUGGAGCUGUGUUGUGUUUGAUUAGAUUAUUGGACGAUCAUGAUUUGUUUGUGAGUGGGGGAGCUGAUCGGACGGUGAGAAUUUGGGGAAGAGUAGGGAGUGAAAGUGGUAGUGGGAGUAGAGGAUUAUUUUGUUGUAUGGGUGUUUUGGAAGGGCAUGUUAAAGCUGUGAGGUCAUUGGUGGUGGCGGAAAGUGAGAUAAACGGUGUCGUUUUGGUUAGUGGAAGCUUAGAUGGAGAGAUUAGGGUUUGGAGAGUGAUGGUUCGUGAGCUACUCAACUACGUGGAUCCAUGCAUAUGAUAUUAUUAGUGGUUAAAUUGUAAAAGCAUUGUUGUUAUUUUACUUUUACUUUUUUGUUUUAUGAAAAAGAAAAAAGUCAUCAAUGGCAACAUACUUAUCUGAUAGGAGAAGUUGAUGGGCAGUUUGGCAUAAUUCAUGUAUUCUUCUAGUGUUGUAAAUUGUAAAGAAUAUUUUUUGACUUCCAAUGGAAUAUAUGGAUACUUGCCACUACUUGUCGAAUUGCAUAAUUUAUCUUAAUAUUGUUUGAGAUUAAAAAUACUCCCUUCAUCACUUUGUCUAUUGACCUUGGUAUCAAGAUUUUUUUUUUUUUUUUUUUUUUUUUUGAUUAGGAAAUUAAGUCAGCCCAAGGGCUAACCCCAACCAAGGCUACUAGCCUUGUAGGAACUACCAGCACAUUGGUAUGUAAAGCAUGCAAAGCAUGCUAAGGAAAUAUCCCAACAUAAUGAUGGGGGUAAGGAUCGAACCCCUGACCUCAUAGAUCUGAGGGGAGUGCUCUACCACAUGAGCUAGCUCC